AUGAAACUGAAGGCAGCAGAGAGAAGCAAGUGGAAAAGCUGGGCUCAGGUGGACAGUUUCCACACUCCACCUACUACUCCACAGAACGACGGUGCUGUUUUCACAACCAGUGCUCCCCAGCUUCCGUCGUCCCCUACCAUCUCAGUUUCAUCUCUACCUCCAGUACCGGUCACCACUGGCAAGAAAUCGCAGCAUGGCACGCCAACUACUCCCAGCGCUCGCAGUCCCCCUCCGGAUUGGAAGCCUCGUCCGCCGGUCAGCGCAAACAGCUCCGUGGUUAGCGCUGGAGUUAACCCGGCGAACAGCAAGCCAGCCGGUGCUGUGGCCGUGAGUGAGAAAGCUACUGUAGGGAGGAACGGUGGUCCUCCUACUUCUACACCCAGGAUUCCUGUCACCCCAGAGAAGAGCGUGCCUGUCAGUCCUAUAAAGAGCCCCUCGUCUCUGUGUAGUGCCUCACCUGUGGUGGGCAGAUCUUUGGGGCAAAACUGGAGAGAAAGGGACAGUGGUCUGAGUCAGUCUCUGCCGCAGUGUCAGGAAACGAAGGACGGCCAAAGCGAGGAACUGGAGAAGUUGCUGGAGGAGUGUAAGCUAGCUCUGGGAAUCACUGCCAGUGAGGACGGGAGCACAAACACAGCAGAGAUACUGAAGCAUCUGCUGACAGAAGUGAAGAGUCUGAAGAGUACAUUAGAGUCAGAGCGUGGCGAAUGGCUGCAGUUCCAGGGUGACCUGCAGGUGGCGGUGGCGGUGGCAGAUCGCCUGAGAGCUGAGGCAGAAGAGGAGUUGACGGCGAUCCGAACAGCCCACAAAGACAUUGAGAGGGAGCUGUCUGCUGCCCAGCAGAGACAGAAAGAGGCUGAUGUGCAGCUGGUUACUCUGAGGGAAGAGUUGAAGGAGAGCAGGCAAAAACUGGCUAAUCUCACCAAGGUCCAGGGCAAAAGGGAAGCCCAGGAACCUUGUCAUGAACCUGAGAAGCCAAAUGGAGAAUCUAACAAGUCUGAGAGCAAAGAAGAAAGCCACAGAGGCAGGGAGAGGGCGGUGUACAGGUUAGGAAGAGAAGGGCUGGAACGUAAGAGUCAGAACGAGGUGGUGAAGAAUGUCGCUGACGAAGAGGCGAAAACAGACUGUAAAGAUGUGACUAAGCGCUACCUGAGAAAUGUGACCAAUGAGGACAGGAACAGAGAGGCGGUGCGAUCCAGUGAAACACGCAGGAUGGUGACUACAGAGAGGUCAAGAAGCCUGUCCAGAUUACCCAGCUCCUCAGAAUCCAACACCAUGCUGAACGGCACCUCCCAGCCCAGUUCUGCUGCAACAGCUGCUGCUGCAAACAAGAACUUGUUGCAAUUAAGAGGUCGAAAUCUGGACUGGCAGGACGGCAGGUCGAGCAGUGACAACAUCGACAUCACCAACUUCAGCAGCAGUUGGGCCGACGGCCUGGCGUUCUGUGCCGUCUACCACACCUACCUCCCCUCACAUAUCCCUUACAGCACCCUCGGCCCCGAGAACAAGAAAGAGAAUCUCAGUCUCGCGUUCAAAACAGGAGAGAGCGUCGGGAUUGCGCAGUCUCUGACAGUGGAGGAGAUGCUGAGGGCGGGCGGUCCUGACUGGCAGCGGGUUCUGAGCUACGUGGAGAGCAUGUACCGCCACUUUGAGAUGUAGCUGCUGGAGGUGCUGUCGAACGGUCCCGCCACAGACGACGCUUCAGAAACACUGUCGAAGAAGCAUAGUUCAUCAUGAUUGUUCCCUGAAUACUGCUUUUGCUGGGUGGAAACAGCUGUCACAAAAGCCUGUAACCAAAGGAUGUAAGCACAGAUGGGUGUGAGCUGUGUGCACUUGUUUCUGUUCACAUGCAAAAGUCACAUCUUAGCGUUUAAAGUGGAUAUUAUCGUGACCGCCUUGUGGAAAUUCCAGUUAUGUGGAACCUUUUUAGCAUCUUUCUAUUAAAGUUUGUACACGAGUUGCUGUAAAUGUCUCCACACUGGUACUUUACAGUCAGAAAGUACUGUAUUAGGUCUUCCAUGAAAUCUAUAAUCUUUGGCUUUUAUAUGUGAUGCUUUGCAAGGAUUCAACAUGUGUUUGGACAUUUGAGCACUGUGUAAAUACGCACUUUUGUCAGCACUUUGAUGUCAGAAUGUAAUGUGCAGUAGUUUUGUAAAGGCUGUGUGGGCGUUCAGCUGCAAGGCCUCAGUCCAGGCACAGACGUGUCUGAUGAUUUAUCUUAGAUAAAGUUUCAGUUUUUCAGUAAAAGUUGGCGUUUCCUCACAUAAAACACGUGUAGUCAAAAUUUCAAAGUACUAACGAGAGAGCCGGUGCUGUUAAGUUGCUCAGGGAUGUGCGUUAAAGCAAAUACAAGCCUCCACGAGAUCGCACAUCCGGUUUCAACAUCACCUCGCAUCACACCUGCAGCCUCGCUGAUGCGCAUCUGGUAUUUUUACGACAUGUUCAAAACUGUUGACAAAGUUGUGCGUGCCAAAAUGAAUCAAGUGCUCCUUACUUUGUAAGAUAUGUUUGUAUUUAACUAGUGUGAAGAAUUAUACCAAAGAAAUAAACAGUUUAUUUGGAUGAA